ACGAAAAUAUAUAUAUUUUUGUUAAAAUCUAAAGAUUUUUUGAAUACUUUAUACGUAAAAAGUAAAUGAUUGAUAACUUUAUUGAAGAAACAAAUUACUAAAAGAGAACGACGUUAACUGAGCAAAAUGAAUAUUCCACCGAUUCAACAGCAAGGAACGAUGGCUGUUAAUCAGAUGGCACAGCCGGUAAAUCCUCAAAUGCCUCAAAAUCAACAACAAGCACAACAAGCUCAACAACAGCAAGCGCAGCAGCAGCAGCAGCAGCAACAACAGCAACAGCAACAAGCGCAGGAAAAAUUGGAUAAUAUAUCCAAAGUUAAAUCUUUGGUUGGACCAUUGAGGGAAUCUUUGGCAGUAGGAAUUAAGACGGCAGCUCAAACGUUGCAUCAAAACAGUUUGGUAGACAUUGGAUCUUUGAAGGGAAUCGAUCAACUGGAUCAUAGAUUCAAUAAAAAUAUGGAGGAAUUUUAUUCUAUAUGUGAUCAAAUGGAAUUACAUUUAAAAACUUCUAUUGAGUGUUUGUCGCAGAAUUCAAGUUCUAUUAGAUAUCUACCGAUGACAGUUUUGCCAACUCGCACUGACACAGUCAGUGCUCAAGAAGGACCAGCUUUAACGUAUCCUCAAUUUUUAAUGACUGUACGUGCCCAAGUAGCCUAUGCCAAAGAAAUGCACGAAACUUUGGUUAAUGCAGCACAUACAAUUGCACCGGGAGAAUGAACUCUUGAUACAUAUGAAGGAUUUAUUUGUAAUACAUUCUGUCAUUGAAUUCCUAAGAAAAUGUUAUUAACAAUACAAACAGUAUCGAUAUAAGUUAUUAUAUACAUAUUUUUCAAAUAUAAUUUUAGUAAAAUAGAAAAUAAAUUAUAAUAAGUGAAAGUAUAUGAUUAUUUUGUAAAGUUGUCUAAAAGGCAUUAACACGAAAUAUCGAUGAUUAAGAAAAUAUAUGUAUAUACAUACGCUUAGAUAAAUAAGAAGAAAUAUAAUUAUAUUCUCUAUAGAUUACUUGGAAGAUGUAUUUUACGAGAAGUAAAGGAGGAUUAGAAUCUUAAAUAGAAAGAAAUGAACAUUUUUGUUUCUCAUAAAAAAUGGAUUUAAAAAUAUUAUUGAUAAUAUGUAUGGUAACAUAUAGGUGUUAAUGAAAGAUGAUUGUAAAUAUAAUAUCAUUAAAUAAUAAUGCAUA